GACCCUCACUGGUUGUUAUCGAGGAUGAAAACGUUGACUCCAUACCAAUGAAUUGUCACUUUAAAGUGGAGGAAGAAAGUAAUUCGCUCGUUGUCAAAUGGACUAAAGAUAAUAAAGUGGUUUUCCAAUACAUCAAAGGACAUGGCGCAAACGUUAUCCCAGAGUUUAGAGGUGAAGUAAAAUCCUUAUCAUCCGAUCCGAAUGAUGAAGAAAGUGGCAUACUACUGUUAAAUCCAACGAUUGAGACAUCUGGUACAUACAAGUGCAAUAUUCAAACGGAUAAGAAGACAAUUUCCAUGGAUAAAGAAUUGCACAUAAUUGAUAUACAAAAUUAUACACACACACUCCAGCAUAAGCGUAUCCAAAAUGAAACACAUUUGGAAUGUGAAAUCGCAAAUGUAUAUCCCAAACCCACAUUGGCUAUUCAGACCUUUAAUGGCGAGCAAAUUCAAAUUAUCGCAAGCGAUGUAAAUUUGCUUGAUGAUGGUAAAUACCAAGCAAGCGCAAUUGCCGUUAUCAGAACAGAGGACGAUAGCACCGACGAAUACCAAUGUGUCUCUAUGUUUAACGGUUUAUCAUUUAACUUAACAACGAAUAUAAUUUCAGGUAGUAUGUCCUUUAGAAGACCUGAAUGGAGCCAUCUUUUAUUAACUGUUUUAAUAGCACUUGUUACUUAUGAAAAAUUUAGUUAUUAGAUUUUAAAAAUUCUAACGCUUACUAACUACUGUAACUUAUUUGUUGGUUUUGUAAAUAUUUUUAUAAGAUUAUAGCGAAAAUAUAUAUGUAAAUAUAAUACUAAUUGUGUACAUGUGUAAA